AUGUCUGCUUUGUAUUUUGAUGAUAAUGCUUUUGACCUUAUAGUCGAUGAAAAAGGUGAGAUUGAUGUAACAAAAUCGGCCUCAAAAGCUGAAGCUAAUUUGGCCAAGAAAAAGAAGAAGCAACAACAGAAGCUAGAGAAACAACUUGCUAAUGAUUGCAAUAAAGUUUCAGGUCGUGAUCUUGCAACUAAGAAAAAUUAUAUUGUGGUCUAUAGUAAUGAAAUUGAUGAAAAAGAGGAGCAAAAGACGGUCGAUUAUUUUGAUGGUAAUGAAGAGAUUGAUUGGAAGAUUGUAGCCCAAGAGAGAUUUGGACUCGAAAAAGAAAAAGAAAAAGAAAACGGAAAGAAUGAUGAUUUUGAGAGAGACCUCAACGAGAAGAAGGUGAAGAAGCAGAAGCAUAAGAAGGGAAUUAGUAAAAAUAAAGAGGAGAGAAAUAGCGUGGAGGAAGAAGAAGGGUCACCAGGGGUAGUAAGAGGCUUAUUCAUGGUCUUGCAUAAGGCUGUGACUGCAUUAGCUUUCAUGGCUUUACGUGUGGUCAUGUAUAGUACCUGGAAGAAGCUCUGA